CUCGCAACCUCAUCCAUAACCUCAAGACCAACAGCACCAUGGCCCAAGAUGAAUGCCAUCUCCUGCGUCUCUCAACGGAGCUCAUUCUCCAGAUCUUGGAGUAUGGCCCUACAUCGACAUAUCUCGAUGUGGCCCUCACUUGCACUACCCUACACCACCAGUGCCGGAAUCUCUUAGAUCUUCACCAUGAAGCUCACGCAAAAUACAGGAUCACAUCAGACCUGUCACCAGAAACUGUGGUUGAUCUACUCAAAGAUACUACUAAGGCCAGAAUCGAGAGAUGGCAUGUUCGUGAGCUGGAGAUCUGGGGUAGCCGACAAAAUUGGGAGGAUUGGCGACCAUGGGUUCCCAAACUUCCCGGGACUUGCGGCCUUGCUGAUGGCUUCCCUACAAGGUAUGGGCUGGAUUUGCAAGACAUGCAGAGAUACAUCCGCACUGCACUGGAAUUAUGGACCUUUUCAGACUUCGACUCUGAGGCAAUCCAAUGAGAUCUAAAGGCUGGCCAGG